UCAGCUGUGCGAAUAUGGAGUCCCUUCAAGUCAUAUAUGUCCACAUGUUUUCCGCUGCGCGAGUAUGGAAUCCCUUCAUGUAUGUCCACAUAUUUUCAGCGGCGUGAGUAUGGAGUCCCUUCAUAUAUGUCAACAUGUUUUCAGCUGCGCGAGUAUGGAGUCCCCCCAAGGAUCUGCAAGUGGUUAUUGAGGCAGCCAUUCAAAAUAUACAGACAGACACAGUUUACGAUCUAGAGGUGAUGCUGAAGAAGCGCAAAACAGUCUUCCUCUCCCUGCUGAAAAACAUGCCAAAAGAUCUCAGCCACCGAGAGGCGGUGAAGAAGUCUGUGACAGUGGGUCUGCAGGUACAUGGGGAGCAGCGUACCCAGACGUUCCCCGUCGAGGUGAUUGAGGAGGCUAUCAUCAGUGACCUCUUUGACCUCAAUGAAUACGCUGCCCUGGAACUCCUGCUGGCAGGUGAAGACAACAAGCCAGCUUUCCCAGGCCUGACCCGUGGGCUGGUGGCUGUGCUCCUCUACUGUGACUGGCGACGCAGCCUCGUGACUGCGCUGCGCACUCUGGUCCUGGCCCUAGAGGGCUGGACAUGGACCCUGGGACUCCCCGCGGACUUCGCCCCCCUCAUCAAUAACUACGUGCAGAAACUGGUGGGGGAGAACCUGACCAACAAGAUUCUUGGUGUUCUUUAAACAAUAAAUUUAACAGCAGAAAUAGACAAGCUUCAAAACAACAGAGCACUUAGACCAUCAAAGCAUAGAAAACAGGAAUUUGUUACGAAUUCCAAAUCAUGGAAGAUGUCGAGUCGCCAAACAUACUCUUCACAGUCAUGCGGACGCGUUUCAAUACUGCUCCUAAGCUGGUAAUAUAUGACAAUGCACAAAUAUUGUCCGAACCGUGAUCCUGUCUUCUUCCGAGAUUUCUGGUUUGUGGUUGAUAGGUUUUACUGGGUAAAUCAUGUUGGCUGUCACAAGGGUUACAAUUUGUCAGCAUAUGUCCAACACAACAAGGUCAACUCACAGGUGGCAGAACAAAGGAAUGCCACGCUGAAAAAACUAAAAUCCAUGCUUUCUUACAUGAAUAUAGAAAAUUUCAAAAACCAUCUUAAGCUGUUCCUGUGGUUUAGGAGUAUGUUGUCAGCAUGGAAAAUGGACAAUGAACUGCCAUCAAAACAUGCAAUGUUAUUUGAAAGCCUUGUGCCAAUAUAUUCAAAAUUGCAGUAAACACAUCAUUGUGCAAUUUGAGCAGACAGUAUUCAAAUACUACCUCAUUCAAAAAGUAAAUAAAAAUGGAGUGAACAUUUUUGUGAUUUUUAUAUAGAAUUAUUUAACAAUAUGUUUUAUUAAAGUAAUUACAAACUCUAUAGGAGCUUUUGAUUUUGACGUAAAUGAUGCUGUUGACCAUACUACAUACAUAUAUAUCUAUAUAUAUAUACUAAAGCUAAAGAUGGUUGUUGAAAUUUUCCAUAUUUAUGUAAGACAGCACGGUAAACUUGCAUUUUCAUAUCAUACAUAUCACAUAUAUGUAAAUAUCAUACAUUUUCUU